ACUUUUUUUUUGCAGAGAGGUCCCCAAUCUUCUUACACACCGACCAUUACAAUUACAGAAAUCUCUAUUUCUGUACGCCUUUUCGUCUUGGCAGCUGCUUAAAUCAGUCACCUCGUUACUCUCAGAACCGGUGAUCAAUCCGAUUCCGAUCGAGUGAUGGAGAACGGAAAUUCAAGAGAGGUGACCGUCGCAGCUCUUCAAUUCGCCUGCACCGAUGAUGUCUCUACUAAUCUAGCCACGGCCGAAAGGCUAGUUAGGGAUGCUCACGCCAAAGGUGCAAAUAUCAUCCUCAUUCAGGAACUCUUUGAAGGAUAUUACUUCUGUCAAGCACAAAGAGAGGAUUUUUUUCAGCGAGCUAAGCCUUAUAAGGGCCAUCCCACAGUUUUGAGGAUGCAAAAACUGGCCAAGGAACUGGGUGUGGUUUUACCAGUCAGUUUCUUUGAAGAGGCAAAUAAUGCCCAUUACAAUUCAAUAGCCAUAAUUGAUGCUGAUGGGACUGACCUUGGGCUUUAUAGGAAAUCUCAUAUUCCAGAUGGUCCAGGUUACCAGGAAAAGUUCUACUUUAAUCCCGGUGACACCGGCUUUAAGGUAUUCCAGACUAAAUUUGCAAAAAUUGGAGUUGCAAUAUGCUGGGAUCAGUGGUUUCCGGAGACAGCCCGAGCCAUGGCUCUGCAAGGUGCAGAACUAUUAUUUUAUCCUACUGCUAUUGGUUCUGAACCUCAAGAUACAGGGCUGGAUUCUCGUCAUCACUGGACGCGAGUGAUGCAGGGGCAUGCUGGGGCUAAUCUGGUGCCUCUAAUUGCUUCAAACCGCAUUGGGAAAGAAACAAUCCAAACAGAGCAUGGAGAUAGCAAUAUUACAUUUUAUGGAAACUCAUUCAUAGCAGGACCAACUGGGGAAAUAGUUGCAGCUGCUGAUGACAAAGAGGAAGCUGUUCUUAUUGCUAAGUUUGAUCUGGAUAAAAUCAAAGCCAAGAGACACAGUUGGGGGGUAUUCCGCGAUCGACGCCCCGAUCUGUACAAGGUUCUUUUGACAUUAGAUGGCAGUACCCCAUUCCAGUGAUUUUAUGCUGAUUAUCAAAAUAGUACUUUAUUUUAGAGGUAAAUAGCGAACUUUCUAAACCACUUCCCUGCAUAAGUUAUCUCUUUAAAACAAGGGAAAGAAAACUUCAUAUAUGUUUGAAGGAAGGUCAAUCUGACAUUUGGCUGUAUUCAACUUUAACCUCAGACCUGUUUUAUGGUCUAUAAUCCACUUUGUGCAUCUUUUGUUGCCUUUUUUC